UAUUUCAGAAAAUGGUUGCAACAAUUCCAACUCUUCGCCUCUUUUACCGAUUAUUUAUUAUCAAAAGAACAGCAACAAGAUUAGCUUCAUUAGAUACCUCAAUAGCCUCACCAUCAUCUUUUUCGUCAAAUAAAUUUAAUCGUUAUGAUACAAAUUUGAAAUUAGUUGAAGCUUUGAAUAAUGAAAAUUUUGAUCUAAUUGGAAGUCCAUUAAUUUUGGGAAAUAAAACACAGAAGGAUUAUGUCGAACUUUUCCGUGAACAAUUAGAUUCUGAAGAAGCAUUUUUUACAAUGAUUAAAAAUACAACUCGAACAAGUGAGUUGGAACCAAUGGAAAAAUUGAUAGAAAGUUGGGAAUGGAAAGAACAUAUUGAAGAAAAUUUGAAUAGAAUAAUUGCAGAAAAGCCUAUGAGUAAGGAAUGUAAGGAGGUUUUUUUGUUAAAUAAAGAAAAUUUUUGGUAAUAAAUCUGAGGUGGCACUUGGAGUUCUCG